CAAUGAUUCCGAGGUGUUUGGCAAUAUCGUUCAAAGGCUACAGUUUUAAGUCAAAAGUUUCUUUUGCCCUCACGAUAAAUAGGUCCCAGGUUCAAACAUUCUCUCUGAUGGACAUUUUGCUACCAGACAAUCGAACACCAAACAGAGUCCGAAUACAUGCUAGCAGUCAACAAGAAACACAAUAAACAUAAAAGAAAUUCUAAGCACUCAGUACUAAUGAACCACACAAGUUAGUUUCAACACAAGUAAAAAUGUUUGAUGCUCAGUGAAGCGGACACGGGACAUCUAGCUAGCUCCGGAUAAGAUUCAAAUACUCUUUACGUUCCACAGAUAGAUAUGGAUUAUUAAAGGCUGAUGGUCUCAUAAACUAUGGUGAAAGCACCCUUUCAGCCCAAAAUCUACAAAUAAACGGUUUUCUAAAUUCU